ACUCGCAUCAAGACAACUUGAGCUUUUACAUGUGCACCAGAUUGCAUAUUACUUGCGAACUUUGCUUUACUGUUCAUUCACGUAAGAACCGAAAAGUGAAAAUGAACCAUCCAUAUGAUAAUAUAAUCCAAUCCUUCAACUCUGCAGACAGGUGUCCUCAUUUGCAGCAGGCACCACCGACGAUGGAUAUUUUAUUUAAACCGGUUGUGUCGUUACUCGGAAAUCUCCAACAGGUGACGCAGUUUCAAAUAACUAACAUGCAGCGAGUCGUACGACAUCUCAAGGCCAAAGUCGCGAAACAGAAGGAAUUAUUGGCACAAGCUCGAAUCGAGUUGGCCAAAGCUAGAGACUAUAAAUGGUAAGUAAAAUCCAAUGUGCGUCGUGGUUAAUAUGGAAAAGAGAUAGUUUCAUGCAAAAAUGUUUACUCAGGCAGAUCCAUCAACUUCAG